GUCCCCCGCCCUCCCAGUGGCGCGCGUUUACCUGCUUUCAAGCACUGGGAGGCGGGGCGGGAGCGGGGUGCGCGCCCGUCCCCGGAGCAGCCGCUGUCAGUCACCGCCGCUGCGCGCCAGGGAGGACCAGCCUCUGGCUCAGGCGGCCUGAGCUUCACGACCCCGGAACAUAGUAUCCGCGCCCCAGCGACCCCUAGCCCAGCGUUGGGUCCCAUCCGCCGGGAUCCCGGGAUCCUGGGCCCCUCUUGGCCUCCGAGCAGCAGCCAGCACCACUCUUGAACACCCCAUUGGGUCGCCAUGGGAAACCACUCUGGAAAGAGAGAAUUAUCUGCUGAGAAGGCCAGUAAGGAUGGAGAGAUUCACCGAGGAGAGGCUGGAAAGAAGAGAAGCGUGGGCAAGCUUUCUCAGACGGCCUCAGAGGACAGUGAUGUGUUUGGGGAGGCAGAUGCGAUCCAGAACAAUGGGACCUCGGCUGAGGACACGGCGGUGACAGACUCCAAGCACACAGCAGACCCAAAGAAUAACUGGCAAGGCGCCCACCCAGCUGACCCAGGGAACCGCCCCCACUUGAUCCGCCUCUUUUCCCGAGAUGCCCCGGGAAGGGAGGACAACACCUUCAAAGACAGGCCCUCAGAGUCCGACGAGCUUCAGACCAUCCAAGAAGACCCCACAGCAGCUUCCGGAGGCCUGGAUGUGAUGGCAUCACAGAAGAGACCCUCACAGCGAUCCAAGUACCUGGCCACAGCAAGUACCAUGGACCAUGCCAGGCAUGGCUUCCUCCCAAGGCACAGAGACACGGGCAUCCUUGACUCCAUCGGGCGCUUCUUUAGCGGUGACAGGGGUGCGCCCAAGCGGGGCUCUGGCAAGGUGAGCUCCGAGCCGUAGAGAAGCUGUGGGUUUAAAUGCGGAAAGGAAGGAGAGGUGGGCAGGUGGAACUGGGCCAGUCACCAUCGCAGAGCAACCGUGUCCCUGUGUCUGAGAUACUAGCCCUGAUCGGACAGUGCUGAUGGCCUGGGGGAUUGGGCGUGGAGUGGGCGUGGUCGCCACUUAGCCAAUUUCUACUUGUUUUGCUCCCUUUGUCCUUCUCACACGGGACUGCGAUUGGGUGUCACUCAGGAAUGCAAUGCCUUCUGCAUCCUAACUUGAGGCACCCAGGAUGUAGCAUUGAGCCUAUGGGUUCUUAGGUAUACAUGCCCUAUGCCUGGGGCUUCAGCAGAUCCUGCCUCUGCGCAGUGCUUCCGGGUUUCGAACCUCAGCUGUGCUCAUUCUCUGCUGGGUACAGGCUGCUAAUUGCUUGCCGCUGUGAAACAAUGGUCCAAUUGAGGCGAGGAGGUCUGCCGACUGACCUCUGCACCUCCAGCAAACUUUCCUCUUUGUCCUAUGUAGUUUGGUGGGGGUGAAUGAAUGAAUGGUGUUCAUGACAAAAAAAAAAUGUGUGAUUCCGUUAAUUUAAAUAUAACUUGUGUUUCAUGAUGUUUCAAAAGCAAAUGCCCUGUGUUAAAAUGUAUCAGAAGAUAAAAUUGUGCAGAUGGUCUAGUUUCCAAGGGCAACAUCUGGGGUGGGUUACUCAUGAGCCCGUGGUUCAGGGUUUGUCUGUCAGGUGGCUGCCACCUUGUAAGUGUAUGGCAUUUUUCCAUCUCUCUGUUGGAUAGCUGAGCAACUCUUGGGAGAGAUAUGGAUGGGCCAUUAAAACAAGCCCAGGUCUUUGAGUACCCUCUCAGCCUGGGCAACUUUUCUGCCUGUAAGUUGUGUCUGUUGUCAAAACUCUGGCGAACGCAAGAGGCUUUUGACUGAGAUGUAGGGCAGAGGCCCCUCCACGGCUCUAGGGCCAUUGGCAGUGCAGUUUUGAAAAUGCUGUAGUCUCCAGCCACACCUUUGAGCGUGGGGAUGGUUGUGAAAUGCUGUACCUAAUGACGGCUCUCCUGCCCCGUGGCCACCAGAGCCCCUUGGUGUCUCAGCAGCAGUCUGGCCCUCGCCUUGGAUGUCAGCGCUACUUGUCAUUAACACUGGAUAUGUCUCACUUGCUAACAGAAUUCAAGCUGCCCCAGAUUCCUGCAGUCUGUACUUAGCGGUAUCGCCUUCAGCCUGAUCCAUCAAUCUUGUUUCCAGGGCCGAUUUACAUUGUAGUGGCUUCCAAGCACUCAUCUCGAGGGAGGCGCUUGAGAUCUGGAGGAUCCUGACUGCCCCCUGAGGUCCAUCUGUGUAGCCAAGCCCACACAUGCACACAGCCGCACCCAGUCCAGGCAGCCGAAGGAACAGGACCUAAACUGGGCAGGAAAGAUGAAGUAGCCAGAAGGCACAGGGUCUAGAACCAGUUUUGUGGCCAUGGUUCAAGUUGAAAAACCAUAGCGUGUUCAUGUGUUGUUCCAUGGCUCUCCCAGAGUGGACAGAUGUGCCUUUCCCUCCAUCGACUGCCUUCAAAUCACAUUCUUUUCCAAUUCUUAAAAGAAGAAAUUCAAAACUCAAAAGCAGUCCAAAUAUUAUAUAUAUGCAUGUGUAUAUAUAUAUAUAUAUAUGCAUGUGUAUAUAUAUAUGAAAUUUUUUAAAUAAUUGGGAUUUUUUGAAACUUAAUGUGUUGAUUUUUUUACACCAUUGCUGUGCUUUUUGAAUAUGAAGGAUUAUUUAAAUGAACAACCUUCGUACCAAAAAAGUCCCUUGGCAUUUGCACGUGUGGUCCUUAUGGUCUCGUUGUUUAUUAGUUUUUUAAAUUAGCAUGCAGAAUAGAGUUAUGGCAUUUCCAUACAGAGUUUUUGUUGCUGUUCCCCUCUGCCCUCCUGAAGCUUAUUCCAAGCAUAGGCAAAGGUACCUUCCGCUGCUGGAAGCUCCCUGCCCCGGCACACAGCAGGGGUCAGGUCAUGGUGUUCAAGCCUCUUUGAUUGAAGGUCCUUGGUUGUUUAACACUGGCCGGUGGAGGCUUAACUCACUCUACACCCAGCUAUAAAUCAGUCAUCAUAGAAGCAGUUAGGGGCAGUUACUGCUAUGAGCUGUCAGGAGUAUUUGUUUCUGUUUGUAUUUUAAUGUUUAUAGAUGGGGAGGAGCAGGGCUUGUUUUCCUAUACUGCAAAGGUCCUUAAGAAAGUCCCAAAGGCUGGAGAGAUGGCUCAGUGGUUAAGAGCACUGACUGCUCUUCCAGAGGUCCUGAGUUCAAUUCCCAGCAACCACAACCAUCUCUGAAGAAAGUUGCAAAGAAUAGAGUCCAAAGGCUAGCUAGCAUCACUUGUGGCAAAAGCCAGCACCCUUGAUGUCAUUCUAAGAUGUGCAUCUAACACACCUGCAGGGUGCCACCUGGAGAUGCAGCUAUGUGACCCACCCGUGUGGAAAAGGAUCCCCAAAUAGAACCUGGGAGACUCUGAGCCCCCUCCCUCACCCUGCAGUGGGACUUCUGGUCAUGUUGUCUCCUGCAUCCUCCCUCCCCGGGCACGUGGUGCCUCCGUGCCAUGCAGAGCCACCACCCCCAGCUCCCAGAAUGUGGGGACAACACCCAGCCUUUGUGCGUUUUCUGGGCUGGCAUUCAAAGGCAGCCCAUGAAGAAUGCUCUGAGAAGGCAUAUUCUUCCAAGGUCUUUUUGCUGUGCGCAUGCUCCUUGGGAAGUUCAUUUACUGUGCACAUGUUCCUUGGGAAGAAAGGGAGGCUGUGCUGUGGCCUCUAAGGAACGGGUUUCCCAGCCUGUAGAAUGCCCAGGCCUUAUGAGGCUGUGAGGUUAUGGCUUUGGGGUAAAGAAUAAAGACACCUGCUCCGAGCCCAUUAACUCUCGCCCAGUCCCAGGACAGUCCCCAGGCCACCAGCCAGCGUCUCAGAACACAAAUCAUAGGAAGGUUCCUCUUCCUACCCAGAGCAAGUAGCAUCCGACGGAGGACCUAAGCUGAUCAUGUAGUGUCACAUCCAGACAACACAGGUGCCACAAGAAAACAUCUUCCAGUCUCCCAGGAGGGGGAGGGGCACGCUCUUCACCCGUAUCUGUUUGCCUCUAUUUAUUUUACCUGAGAUCUCGGUUUCUAACCCGUUAGAGCCAGCAUUUCAGUCAGUCUUCAGAUGGCCGCUCCGCCUCUAAUUUUGACAGGAUGGGUUUAAGAUGCUUCCGGCCACUAAGUCCUGGGUGAUCUUGUAAAUUAGCUAGAACAUCUUUUUUCCUGAUACUGUCCCAUGGCAUCCUAAGUUGUGUUAGAUGCAUCUCCGUUCUGCAGUUAGUUUUGUCUUCACUGUUACCGUGGCAACGGAAGGCUCCAGAUAAACUUGCCAUCCAUCCUGUGAAAGGUGACAUUAAAGGUCACAUGAAGGACACAGUGGAAGUGCCCAAGAAGUACUCCCAGGGUUCCAGUCUAGUGCCACCGUCAUUGUCAUUGCCUUCAGAUAAGAGAGAACUCAGGGAUCCGGGCAGAAGCAAAGAGAACUAGGGACCCACACACCACUCCCUGCCUCCAGUCCACUUGCCAAGAGUUUCCCAGAGACUCUCUGGAGAGAGUCAGCCCGGGAUGGACACACUAACAUCUGUGUCCAAGUUCACACUUUUGAGAUUUCUCGUGUGAAUCAGAGUAGCCUCACUUGGUCAGUUCUGGGUCCCUGGUCUCUGACUCUGCCUUUCUGCUGCCUCGGCCGGUCGGCACAGCCAUCCACUGACACUGGAAUAGGAAUGUGAUGGGCGUCGCACCCUCUGUAAAUGUGGGAAUGUUUGUAACUUGUGUUUGUAUCUAAUGUCGAUCCCCUUAGGUGGUUGUACUAUAAUUCAUUUUUGUUGUAAACUUCAGCCUAAGAUAAAUGUACAUCUGCUUUUGUAUGCACUCAUUAAACAUUGUAACAGACCAAAGAUGGUGUACUAAUUGC